AUGGUUGAAUCUAGUUACUCAGCUGGUGAUUACAUUACUAGUUUCUCUCCAGGAGCAACAUUUUUCGCAUUUCAAUCCAAUAGGUCCCAAAAGAACUCCAUUGACUUAUAUCCACUAGAAGACGUGAGCAACUUACAUAUAAACAGUUCUCAGGUUCUUCAAAUUGAUUAUGAGAGCAAUGACUUAGUAGUCUCUGAAGUGAACCUUUUGACCUGGUGUAGCAACCAUUCUUCCGCGGAGAACAACUGUAAAACGAGAAGUGUGAAAAGAAGAGCCGAUGAAGAGAUAGCGAACUCUCCAUUAGAGCAAUAUUUUAUAAAUGUAUUCCCUAGUGGAAAGAUUGUUGUGCAUUCAGCUAAUGGUAAAGAGAUCAUUAAUAUCAUACAGAACAAGAAAGAAAUUCUAGGCAUUGAUUCGAAAGAUGAUGUUAUAUGGUUGUUAGAUGACGAUAAAACUGUGAAAAGGUUCAACUAUGCUACAACAAAGCCGUUACAAACGUUCCAUCUAACGGAUGGUAAGAAUGAAGAUAUCAUCAACUUCCAGGUAUUAAGUUUCCCACAAAAACUACUUCUGGCGGUCAUCACAGAAGAGUUCGUUUAUCUUGUAGAUCCAUCUAAGAAAAGGCCUUCAACGUUCAGCAAGAUUGAAAAUUUCGGAUCAAUUUCAUGUACAGUAUAUGAUCAAGACCAUGUCGUAAUUGCCGAUGUAUCAAAAGUCUCCCUCUACUCUUUACCAGAGAAAAAAAUACUAUGCCAAUGGGAUGUUGAAUCCGAGAAGGUGAAAGUAAUUAAUGAUAAUAUCGUAGUAUUGGACACUGCAGGUAGAAUGAAGGUUUUACUGAAAGAUGCAGAAGAACCGCUUGCAAGCAUAAAAGUCGAGAACUCUGAAAUUUUAGAUUUUGAGAUCAAAGAUGAUAACAUUGUACUAGCAUGGAUCGAUGUGAAUGAGCCUAAGUUCGAAGUAAUAUCUGAAUCUCAACUGCAUGAACAAAAUGAAUUCGCGUUCAAUUUAGUUGAUACCGAGAAACAAGCUUCUCUGGUCCCUGACGAGAUCGUCGCCAAGGAUGAACCUGAAUCUGAUAGAAAAAUUUCAAAAAAGGAACAAAAUGAAACUGUACAGAAGCUAAUCACUGCUCUCGGAGAAGCCAAUAUGAAUUCUGAAUUAAUUCUUGAAAUUCUUUUACAACAACCAUGGUCGGAUAAUAACAUCCAAUUAUUUGUCAGAGAUGAUCUUAACGAAGACAGUACUAAUAAGUUGUUUGAAGUGCUUGCGCAACAUAUAUCAGCAAAUGUUGAUUCAGCAGGCCAAGCCUCUGUAUGGCUCAAAUGGCUAUUAACUCUUCGUAGAUCUCAAAUCAAGGUUAUCAAUUCAAACACAAACAAAAUGACAAAACGCCUAAGGUCGUCCUUAAGGACCAGCUCGGAGUCUCUCUCAACUCUCCUUUCCAUUCAAGGUAAAUUAGAAAUGCUUUCCGGACAAUCUUUCUUGAGAAAACAAUUAGCAUCCAUGCAAAUCAAUGGCAAAGACGUUAAUGAAAUACAAGACAGAGAACAGGAAGACGAACAAGAAUUCGUAUAUGAAAAUGGAGAAGCUGAUGAUUUGAAUGACGCUUCCGAAUAA